ACCACGGGUCGGUACCACUCUUUUCCGUAUCUCGAGCUUUAAGUAAGAAAGUAUUAUUGUCAAGGUUCUGAUAUCUGCCCGCGAACGUGUCCCGUAUAGUCCACAUCUGAGUCUCUUAGAUUUCGCGUAGGGGAUAGUUUAUUCUGUUGUGGGUUUGCUGUACGGCGGCUGCGAGGGAAAUCUAAGCUAGGUUGAACGACAUGGCGCCCCCAGCGCUAGGCUCUGUACCCAUGUUCCUAGCGGAAGCUAAAAUCAUCCGCAAAGGCGACGACGCUCCUAAGGUCCAGGCGGUCCAAGACGACACCCAACGCAGAACGACCAAAUCUGUCCCGAAAUCCGAGAAGUAUCGGUGGAAGAUAGUAUGGAAGAACGUUUUUAUCUUCAUCAUGUUACAUUCCUUUAUGCUGUACGGGAUGUACCUCUUGUCGAAAGUGUCCUGGACUACAAUCAUCUUUACUUAUUUGUACACGAUGUUCGCUGGCUUCGGCAUCACGGCGGGCGCUCACAGACUGUGGGCUCACAGGACUUACAAGGCAAACUUUCCCCUGCGCCUGUUCCUGAUGCUCGCGCAGAGCGCCGCCCUUCAAAACGACAUCCACGAGUGGGUGAGGGAUCACAGGGUGCAUCACAAGUUCACCGACACGGACGCCGAUCCUCACAACGCUAAGCGAGGCUUCUUUUUCUCGCACAUCGGAUGGCUCAUGGUGAAGAAGCACCGAGACGUGAUAGAAAAGGGCAAAACGGUAGACAUGAGCGACGUAAUCGCCGAUCCGUUGGUCAGGUUCCAGAUAAAGUAUUACGUCCCGUUGAUCAUAACUUUGUGUUUCCUGCUUCCCUCGGUCGUGCCGUGGUACUUCUGGGGCGAAGACGGCUGGAGGUCUUUCGUGGUAUGCGUCAUGAGGUACACGGUGUCCCUGAACGGAACUUGGUUGGUGAACAGUGCCGCUCACAUCUACGGGAUGAAACCUUAUGACAAGUCGAUCAAACCGACGGAGAAUAGGUUCGUGUCGUUCAUGGCUUUCGGCGAGGGCUGGCACAACUAUCACCACGUGUUCCCCUGGGAUUACAAGGCGGCUGAACUGGGCAACUACAGGCUAAACUUCACCACGGCGUUUCUGGACCUGAUGGCGAGGAUAGGCUGGGCGACAGAGUUGAAGACCGCUUCGGAGGAGAUCGUUAAGAAGAGGGUGCUGAGGACGGGGGACGGUACUUACCCCAACAUCGAGAGUAUGGUGGCGCAGAUGGCGGGACAAGAUCACCACCACGACGACGGGGAGCUGAUAUGGGGCUGGGGCGACAAGGACAUGAAGGAGGAGGAGAAGAACGACAUCAAGUUUUACAACGGCAUCAGAACGUGAGAGUAAUCACGACGCGUGUGGCGGGAAAAUGUGAUAAGCGUUUCAUGUAAAUAGGUUUCCAAAUUAACGAGUAUUUUUCGCCUUAUUAUUUCAUACGAUAGUUUUUAGAAUAAUUACGACCGCAACUCUGCGAUUAUCAUAGUUAGCGACUAAGAUAUUAUUUAUUUAUAAUGAUUGCGAAUAUUAAACGGUUUUAC